AUGUUCAAAAAAUUGUUAAUUUCAGCUAGUGCUCUUCAAUGCUUUAGUUGUGACUCAAAUAGGGAGAAAGAAUGUCACGAUAUCAAAAGUGUUUCUCCUGUAAAGGCUGUGGAAUGUCGUCCAAACGUUGUAAAGCAAAGCACACCAGAAUGGCUAGCUGAGAUCAUAAGUAUCAGCAAUUUCGGAACGGAACUAGAAAUAACGGUUCCGAUGGUCUGCCAGAAAAUUACAGCUAUUAAUGGUUAG